AUUCUCCAUCCCUGGUGAGGAGAUGAGCUGUAGUUUCCAAAACGUCCACAAUAACAAUCUUGUUUCAAAGUGGGUUUAGGUCUGUGGUAGUCUUUUUAUGGACUUGCAUAUGGUUAAAUGAAACAUCCAGUCCAACAAUGGAAAUAAUUAUUUAUAUUUAUAUAUAUUUUAUUAUUAUCAUCAUUUUUUUAAAUGAAACGGAUUAUUUGAUAUACAGUAUUUCCAUUGAGCUUUUGCUUUUGCUACCCCCCAGCUGUGCUGCAGUUUAGCCUGUUCGGGGUUCCUCUGGUGGGGGCGGAUAUCUGUGGAUUUGAAGGCAACACCACUGAGGAACUGUGUGUGCGAUGGAUGCAGCUUGGGGCCUUUUACCUAUUUAUGAGGAACCACAAUGACAACUUCAAUGCUCCUCAGGAGCCAUAUGUAUUUGAGCAGGAGGCUCAGGCUGCCAUGCGGAGUGCACUGAACCUUCGUUACUCCCUUCUCCCUUUCCUCUACACACUCUUUCAUCAUGCACACACCUCCGCUGACACUGUGGCCAGGCCUCUCUUCAUGGAGGUCAGCCUUUUUACAGUAAGGGUCAGUACCUGCUCCUGUCAGCCCCUCUGGACACUAUCAACGUGCAUGUGAGGGAGGGACACAUUAUCCCACAGCAGGAAUGGCCGGAAGGGUACGUGAUGCUCUAAAAACAACUGCAGCGACGGGCGUAUGGUGUCACUCUUGGAAAACAGGGGGGCAAACAGGGCUACGCUAUCCCACACCUGAGCUAAAUCCUUGACAAGUGAGGAGAAACGACGCCGGUACGUGCUGCUCCGUCGCCGCCCGCCCGGUGACAUGGGUGUCCGACACGGGCUGUAGACUCCUGCAGCAGGGACUGAAGGAAGUGGGGUGCCUGCUUAAUCAGGCAGAAGUAAAAAUGCCCUCUGAGGAAAAAGGAGGGAACAUUCCUCAGAUGGAGUGAAGGAUGGGCCCGGUGUCCCAGCGCCUGAGGAGAUGUCUCUGGGUCGGCUCCUGCGGCGUGCCUCCUCCAAAGCCUCGGACCUCCUGACCUUUAACCCCGGAGCAGGGGGCUCAGCCUUGCGCUCGGGCAUUGAUGGCGAGAUCAUCUUUUCCAAAAAUAAUGUCUGUGUGCACCCUGCGGAGCCACUGCCUGGUCAGGCUGAGCACCACCCAGGCUACCUGUGUGUGCACGUGGAGAAGGACGAGAGCCUUGGCUCCACUCUGAUUCUGACCUGGGUGCCCAAUUCCCGCAUCCAGAGGCAGGAUGAGGAGGCGCUGCGCUUCAUCACCCCCGAGAGCUCCCCUGUACGCAGGAAUGCGCGCCGCCGAGGCAGACGACCUAACUCCCGUCCUCGAGUGGCCCAGGAGGAAGACGAGGAUGAAGAGAGGAACAUUACCAGCAGCACCUCUACGGACAGCCAGAGCCUGGUGGUUGAGGCUGGAGUGGACGUCUCCUUACACCAGCAGCAGCUGCACUCGGCUGGGGACGAGGGGGACGAGUGCUCCUGUGAGCUCUCCGAUGAAGUGAGCAGGGACAGCACCAUGGGUUCUGACUCGGACACCUUCUCCUCCCCUUUCUGCUUAUCUCCUGUCAGCGAAGCUCUCUGUGAAAGCAGCGGCUCUGUCUUCCUGGACAAUGAAAGCAGAGAGCUCUGUGAUGAGACCAUGACCCACUCGGCUAGUUCUGCCUCCAGCCUGGACAGCCAUGUCCCGUUCGAGAGCAGCGGCCAGUUGCAGAGCAUGCGAUGGGAGGAGCAGCAGAAGGUGCUGGCUCUGGAGCAGUUGUGCGGUGUUUUCAGGGUGGACCUGGGUCACAUGAGGUCGCUCAGACUCUUCUUCAGUGAUGAGGCAUGUACCAGUGGUCAGCUGGUGAUAGCUAGCAGAGAGAGCCAGUAUAAGAUCCUCCACUUUCAUCAUGCUGGACUGGACAAGCUGGCUGAGGUCUUCCAACAGUGGAAGUGCUGCAGGGAAACUCAACUGAAAGACCAGGUGUCAGAUGAGAAAUCCUGCAUGCAGUUUUCCAUCCAGAGGGCCACCCUGCCAUCAGCGGAAACCCACCCAGAGGAGAGGCUCUAUCGGCGGCUGGAUGUCACCACCUGGCUACGUCAUCUCAACCACACCGGGCAGGUAGAGGAAGAGUAUAAGCUACGCAAGGCCAUUUUCUUCGGUGGUAUUGACCCAUCUAUCCGUGGCGAAGUGUGGCCCUUUCUGCUCCACUAUUACAGCUACGACUCCACCUCCCAGGAGAGGGAGGCAUGGAGACUGCAGAAACGCACCGACUAUCAUGACAUCCAGCAGAGGAGAUUGUCGAUGAGCCCAGAGGAGCACAGUGAGUUCUGGAGAAAGGUCCAGUUCACAGUAGAUAAAGAUGUGGUGAGAACAGACCGCAGCAACCACUUCUUCAGGGGAGAGAAUAAUCCCAAUGUGGAGAUCAUGAGGCGGAUUCUGCUCAACUAUGCAGUCUUUAAUCCAGACAUGGGCUACUGCCAGGGCAUGUCUGACUUGGUGGCCCCCCUGCUCACUGAGGUCCAGGACGAAAGCGACACCUUCUGGUGUUUUGUUGGCCUCAUGGAGAACACCAUCUUCAUCAGCUCACCGCGGGAUGAGGACAUGGAGAGGCAGCUGAUGUACCUGCGGGAGCUGCUGCGUCUCAUGCUGCCCCGCUUCCACCAGCACCUGACCAGGCUCGGGGAGGACGGCCUCCAGCUGCUCUUCUGCCACCGCUGGAUCCUGCUCUGCUUCAAACGAGAAUUCCCAGACACGGAGGCUCUGCGUAUGUGGGAGGCCUGCUGGGCACACUACCAGACAGACUAUUUCCACCUGUUCCUGUGUGUGGCCAUCAUCGUUCUCUACGGGGAGGACGUGACGGAACAGCAGCUCGCUACCGACCAAAUGUUGCUUCAUUUCAGUAACCUCUCCAUGCACAUGAAUGGAGAAUUGGUGCUACGUAAGGCCCGCAGCCUUCUCUACCAGUUCCGCCUCCUACCCAGGAUCCCGUGCAGCCUACAUGACCUUUGUAAACUGUGUGGUCCUGGGAUGUGGGACAGCCGCUACAUCCCCACUGUGGAGUGCUCAGGUGAACACCCAGACUCACAGAGCUGCCCCUAUGGAGGCACGUCCACUCCGCAGCCGUCCACACCCUCCCCGUCGUCCACACCUUCACCUUCACCAAACUUCACCCCCACAACUCCGUCAGAGGGCAAGAAAGGAGCCAAAGCCCGGGAUAUUUUCACUUUCCGCAAACAGUCCUAAAAUUGAGUUUUUUGGGGGGGGGAAACAAAUGCGUUUCCUUCAGCAUUUGCUGCCCUCUGACUCCUAUGUCCAAAUGCCCUGCUUCUAAUUCGUCACCUGAUCCUUUCCCGUGGUGCAAUGUGGAACAAUGCCUUACUAGAGUGUUAUUUCAAACAUUGACAGAACCUGCGAUGGGGAUGGAUUGCUGUUGGACAUCCUGGAGGUCAAGAAGCUGCUUUCCUCUCAAAGCAGAACAGACAAUCACUAGCCACUAUGUUGGUCUGGAGCUACUUCAGGUUUUCGUCUGCUGCUGGCCUGGCACACAUCCCUGGCCUUUGUUAGCAGGAGUCACGCAAGAGUCUGAGGCAACUGGCCUGAAAUCUCUCCGGCUCUGAGCACAGGUCGAAAGAACCUGAAGAUUCAUUCACAGGAACUCUUCCCUCACAAUGGGAUAUUUGUGGAAGUCUGAGCAGAAACAUUUUUAAAUCAAAUCCACACCCUCGGUGUUGACAGACUCCAGAAAUAGGAUUAUAACAAAUUACUGGUACAUUUCAUUUCUUUCUUUUUUCUUUCUUUUUUUUUUUAAAUUUUCAUUUUUCAACAAGUGAAUGUUUGCUUUUUAUAUCGGCAGUUACAAAAAUAUUUAGCAAUAUAUGCUUGCAUGAAAGAUACUUUCCGUAUAGAGGGCACUAUACUGUAUGUUUGCUGGAAAACACACAUAAGCCCCAAACAGACGCAAGAAAGCGUUUACAUCAACGUCGUUAUAGGGCUCUUCAUAUUUCCUCAACAGAACGUGGUGAGAAACAUGAUCGGGUUUUUUUUCUUUUUUCUUUUUCUCUCUCUGUUACAAAGGAGGAAGCUCGCCAUAUGUUUCCUUCUGACAAACUCAGACACAGAUGUUCAUGUUACCUCUCGUGCAGCAGGAGCUCCAUCACUUUCACAUUAGCAUCACACGAUUUAAAGACGAGUUCCCUGUCAGAGGAGUACGGAUGGAUGUGACAGCGCUGUCUGCAUUAGCGAGCACAGAUCAUGUUCGUCUUGACAGUGAAAUUGAAGGCCUCCUGUUUUACUUGAAAUGUUACCUUCUGUGUUGAAUAAUGUUAAAGCAGGGUUAUGGAAAAAAAACAAAAAAACACAACGUCAACACAGUGCUCCACCCUCACCGGAAAAAUGAAUGAUAAGGCACUAUCAACACUGAGAAUCAGUCCACGGGAAUGUACCUGUCUUCUCACUCCACUAGAGAAGUGUGAAGCUCUUGUGUGUAUACGUGCAUGGAUGUGUUGUGUGUGUGUGUGUGUGUGUGUGUGUGUAUAAACUGAAGUGACCUCUCAACAUCUGGUAAUGAGUCGGAGAAGAGCCGUAGAAAGCCUCCCCUCUGACCACUCUCUUUAAUUAUAGCAGUCAUCGUGGGGAGAAGCAGGCAGAGGAAUGACGAAAGAAAAAAGCUGGCCUUUUAGACUCCUCCGAGAAAACAAUCACAAGAGAGGCGAGAGAAACGCGAUGAUUUAGGCCUCAAACGGGGGAUAUGUAGUAAUAUGCACCUUGUCUCCGUGAUUUACGAUUUCCAAAUGGAAAAGAUGGCACAUGGAGGAUAUUUCCCCCCCUGGAGUGGAAGAGGAAAGAGAAAUUGGUGCUAAAAUGUAACAUCCUGACCUUCAGUCAGUAUCUCUCUCUCUCUGACCCCUCUCUUUCGCCUCUCUUUCUCCUCUCUCACUCAGCGAGCAUUCUCUGCAAGUGACACUCAGAACCUUUUUCCUUCUACUUAUCGUGUGCAGCUGUUCACUGGAAAUGCCUGCAGGGUUUUAAGGAUUGGUGGCUGCAGUGAAAUGAGCCAAGUCAGAGAUGUAGGAUGGAAUAAUCUGUGUGUGUGUGUGUGUUGAGGUCCUGAUAGAGUCGCGUUGUCCGCACAGGCACAUGUAAAUCGCAGGCCUAAUUAAUGACCACUCCUAUUUAAAGGGGGUUGUGACCAAUCAUCACUGAAUGUACCACUGUGUGUUGCUGUUGAGCUCUCUGACAUGUUGCGAUGACUAUAUAAAUCACAG